UCUCUCAACCCACACUCCUUCCCUCCGUCUUCCGAAUCCACACACACAACCCCAUACUCUACUACCUUUGUCCGAUCACCAUGGAUUGCGCCGCCGCAGUUCAAAACUUGAAGCGCAAACGAUACCUGAUCGGCGAUGAAGAUCGGAAUACACUGUUUGACGAUUCUAAACGAGAUCAAUCCAUCAAGAUUCGCCAUCAGGUUUAUCAUCUCAAUUCCGUCGUUUCGCCGUCUUUGAAACUCGCAGAUCUUGUAUCCGCAUUGACUGCCCUCCACGCUCUUUCUGAGUAUGCUAAAGACGAGGAGCUCGUGGAUAGUUUAGUGAAUUCUGGAGUUGUGCCUAUUAUUAUGAGGUUUCUUCUUGAUCUGAGAGAUGGAAAUGACAGCGGCGAAGUUGUCACGGUUACCCUCAAGUAUGAGUUGCAGAGAGGAUGUGUUUUGGUCCUCUCCCUUCUCGCAGUUAAACCAGAGUAUCAACAACUCAUUGUUGAUGCUGGAGUCUUGUCAUAUCUUGUUGAUUUCUUAAGGUUGCACAAGACUGGUCUCAUGUCUCAAGAACUUGUUGGUCUUCUUAAGAAAGCAGCAGAUGCAAUAACCAAUCUUGCUCAUGAAAACACCAACAUUAAGAACCAUCUCAGGAAUGAGGGUGGUAUUCCUCCUCUUGUUGAAUUGCUUGAAUUCAAUGAUUCAAAAGUACAAAGGGCGGCAGCAGGAGCCUUGAGAACUCUUGCAUUUAAAAACGAUGACAACAAAAAUCAGAUUAUUGGAUGCAAUGCAUUGCCCACUCUUGUACUAAUGCUUCAAUCAGAGGACCCUACAAUUCAUUUUGAGGCGGUUGGUGUAAUUGGAAAUCUGGUCCACUCUUCACCGAAUAUUAAGGAAGUUGUUCUUGAAGCUGGUGCUUUACAACCUGUGAUUUUGUUAUUGAGUUCCUCCUGUUCGGAGAGCCAAAGAGAAGCAGCUCUUUUAAUUGGUCAAUUUGCUGGAUCAGACGAGUCAGAUUCAAAGGCUCACAUUGCCCAAAGAGGGGCUAUAAGACCUUUGGUUGACUUGCUUAUGUCGCCAGAUGAAAACCUUAGAGAAAUGUCUACUUUUGCUCUUGGGAGGUUAGCACAGGACUCGCAUAAUCAAGCUGGUAUCGCUUAUAACGGAGGUAUAAAGCCUCUGCUCAAUCUUCUUGAAUCAAAGAAUGGGUACAUCCAACACCAUGCAGCAUAUGCUCUCUAUGGUCUUGCUGACAAUGAGGACAAUGUUGCAGAUAUUAUUAAGGCUGGUGGUUUUCAAAAACUUCUGGAUGGACAUUUUGAAGCUCAACCUACUAAAGAGUGUGUAGCCAAAACAAAAAAAAGAUUGGAGGAGAAGAUGCAUGGCCGAGUACUCAAACAUGUAUUAUAUCUUAUGCGCUUUGCAGACAAAGGUGUUCAAAGACAUGUAGCUAUUGCACUUGCUCAUUUAUGUUCCCCUGAUGAUCAUAAAACUAUUUUUGUUGACAAUAAUGGACUAGAAUUGCUGCUAGUUCUUCUUGAAUCUUCAAACCUAAAGCAAAAGCGUGAUGCUUCAGCAGCGCUUCACAAGUUGGCUUCCAAAGCCACAUCUGUCUCUCUUGCUGAUGCUGCUCCUCCAUCAUCACCAUCUCCCCAGGUGUACUUGGGUGAACAAUAUGUGAAUAAUCCACAACUUUCUGAUGUCACAUUCUUAGUUGAAGGUAAGAGGUUUUAUGCUCAUAAAGUUUGUUUACUGGCUUCCUCUGAUCCAUUCCGCGCGAUGUUUGAUGGGGGUUAUAGGGAAAGUGAAGCCAAAGAUAUAGAGAUUCCAAAUAUUAAAUGGAAUGUCUUUGAGUUGAUGAUGAGAUUUAUUUACACUGGAACAGUAGAGGUCAAAUUGGAUAUUGUUGAGGACCUCCUCAGAGCUGCAGAUCAAUAUCUUCUGGAUGGUCUUAAGUGUCUUUGUGAAAAAGCUAUUUCUCAGGUUAUUUCUGUGGAAAAUGUUACCAUAAUGUAUGGUAUGUCAGAGGUAUAUAAUGCUACAUCACUAAGAAAUUCUUGCAUUCUGUUUGUCCUGGAGCAAUUUGAUAAGCUUAGUGCCAAACCAUGGUCUUCUCGCUUUCUUAGUUGCAUUGCACCCGAGAUACGCGAUUUUUUCUCAGCUUUACUUACCAAGCCAUGUUCAACUGAUUCUUGAGGAUCUGUAGAUUUUUAAACAUUAAAUGAGGAAAGGUGAAAAUGUAUAAAGCUGUAAAUGCCUUUCCUUGAUAUAGAAAUGCAAAUCAUUUUUUGUUAAACAAGCUUCUAUAGUGGGGAAAGAGUCAUUCCAUUGUGACAUUUAUAAGACUAAAGAUUGUGAUAUUUUGAUAUCAAGACCGGAGUGUCAUUUUGUCCAA